AUGCAUACUUCCAACCAGCCUAUUGCCUUACUUCCUCCGACUUGUGAAGGUCUCCCUUCCACCUCAAUAAGACCCAGUGCUCGCCAAGCCGAGCCUGGCCACGAUGAGGGGCUCACCACCGAUAACGAGCCCCCGCGCCACCAUCUCAUCAACCGCUAUUGGAAAGUUGUAUUCAUCCUGACAAUACUCCUCUUCGUAUUCACCCCUGCACGUCCUGCCAUCCCAAAGAAGCUCGAUGAGGAUAUCCUGCUCCAAAUGGCCCGUCGCAUGAACAGCCUAGCCGUUCCCUGCCCCAGGGAUCUACCACGAAAUAUCAAAGACUAUCCCCCUCCUGAUCAACAAACUAUUGCGACACUCGCAGAGUUUGAGAAGCUACCUCAGGAGUAUUUACGACAAGGCCACGGACUAUACUGCCGUCUGAUGAAUCCAGAUUCUCCCUGGUCCAGCGACUUUCGUUAUAUCUACGCACUGCCCGAGGACAUUGUCAGAUACCUUUUGAUCGAGACCAACACGUCAAUAUUUGAUGAACCUAUCGUUGCCCCAAUCUUUGAGCGAAGCAGACGCAUCGUGCUUGUCGAGAAGGAAAGGAGGCGCAGAUUGGCGAGGAUCAUUGAACGAAAGAUUGAGGAGUUGUAUAUCCAGAAGGGCCUUGGCUCGAUGAACGAAUAA